GGGUGGAUGAGGAGGAGGGAGGCGGUUAUGGGGGGAGGACGCGAGUGCGCCCGCAGCGCCAGGUAUAAAACAGCUUGUCAAAUGUACGGUGGAAACUAUCGCAAAGAGCAACGGAGGAGUGAGUCUUGGUGCGUUUUGCUGCACGGUGAAGGGAACACCCGGGUGAAGUUGUACGGCAGCGAGAUCGACGCGGUGAGGCGAAGCCGAGAGCGGUGUCUGUCAGUCACUGGCAGCGCAGGAGAGCGGCCACAGUAUGAACUUCAUAAAAUGUAUUUCCAAACGUACUUCUGGCUGGAAUGCAGCUUUCUCUUUGCACUGCCUGAUCGGUGCCACAUUAUUUAUUGAAAAUGUUGCUGCUUUAGCAUUACACCAAGUAGCUCAGACAUAUAAUAGUUUAGAAGAAGGACUGGAUAAUACUGCAUAUUGGUGGGGUGAAUGGGCCAAAUGGACAGGAUGCACUCGGACCUGUGGAGGAGGCAUCAAAACAAAAGAAAGACAUUGUUUGAAGCAAAGCAGAAUGAUAGCAGUGAUGGCAACUGAUAACCAGACUUGUACAGGCACUUCCAAAAGAUAUCAGCUAUGCAGCCUACAGGAAUGCCCAGCUAAUGGGAGGAGCUUCCGCGAUGAGCAAUGUUCAUCUUUUAACUCUCGUAUUUAUAGUGGAGGGACUUACAAAUGGAAACCACUGUACCCAGAUGAUUAUGUGCACAUCUCAAGCAAGCCUUGUGAUCUUCAGUGUACUACAACAGAUGGACAGAGACAGCUGAUGGUCCCAGCACGGGAUGGAACAUCUUGUAAAUACGGGGAAUACAGAGGAGUCUGUGUAGCUGGAGGGUGUGAGCCCAUAGGAUGUGAUGGAGUUCUUUUUUCCACCCUGACCUUAGACAAAUGUGGUAUUUGUCAGGGUAAUGGAAGCAGUUGUAUACGAGUUACUGGAAACUAUAGGAAAAGAGCGGCUCAAACAGGUUAUUCCCUCAUAACACAUAUCCCAGUUGGUGCAACAGAUAUACAGAUAAUUGAAAGAAAACAAUCUGAUGAUGUUCUGGCUAUUGCUAAUGAAUUUGGAAACUUCUUUGUGAAUGGUGAUCUGAAGGUAGAAGGCCCAAGAAACAUCCAACUUGCCGGCACAAUUUUUAAAUAUAGAAGGCCAAUGGACGUAUUUGAAACUGGUCUUGAAUAUAUUGUGGCUCAAGGACCUACAGAUCUGGGACUUAAUAUACUGUUGUUAAUUCAAAGUGGGAAGAAUCCUUACAUUUCCUUCGAGUACACAAUGCCACGGAUUCUGCACUUCAAACGACUUCGACCUUCAAUUGAUUCGUAUCUUACGCCUGGAUCAGAUACUCAAGGCAAAGAAAAUGAUGAAAGGACUGGCUUAGACAGAGAUGAGAGUACGGGUGUCGUUUAUACAAAUGCAAGUUACAGUGAGAAACUGUCAAAAGGAAUUACAAGAAAGGAAAACCAGAUGUUGAGACCAGAACAUGAUCUGGCUGAUUAUGAUGUGACCAACACAAUCUAUAAUGGGGAAGGUCCAGAACCUGAAUCAGAAGACAUUAAAAAUAACACCCAACUUAACAGUGUUGAAGACAAUGAUUACACGGCAAUAGAUUACACAGAUUCAAAGUUGACCACGCAAGAAUAUAUAUUUACGUCGGAGAAUCAUUUGACAGACGCACUUGCUAAUGGACGUUCUUCAAAUAUAAAGGAACAAACUGAAUUUGGUGUAAACGUGACUGAUAAUACAGAAGAAAACCCAUUUUAUAAUGCGGAGUCCACUGCUGCUAGUUUCCCGAUGUAUUAUGACGAAAACGAAAAGUUGGGGAGCUACAAAAUUAAUGAUACAUUUUUGGAACUGACUUUUGGCAAUACGUCUGCAGAGAUUCUCUUCUCCAAUGAAACAAUUAUGCACAUUAUUCAACAUGCAAACCGAACACAGAAAUUACGGAACAGACUCAAGCUGCUGAGAAAGGGUCUGGGUGUGAGCCCUGCAGACAUGUAUCGAUGGAAACUGUCCUCUCAUGAACCUUGCAGUUCUACCUGCACAACCGGGGUAGUCACUUCAUUUGCAGUGUGUAUUCGUUAUGAUGGCAUUGAAGUUGAAGAUUCGUAUUGUGAUUCUUCAACUCGACCAGAGCCAAUUCACGAGUUUUGUGUAGGAAGAGAAUGUCAACCAAGAUGGGAGACAAGUAGUUGGAGUGAAUGUUCACGAACUUGUGGAGAAGGAUACCAAUUCCGAAUAGUCCGUUGCUGGAAAAUUAUUUCUGCAGGAUUUGACAGCUCGGUGUACAAUGAAAUGUGUGAAUCUGCUGAUCUCUUCAGGCCAUCAGAGCGUAAAAUCUGCAAAAAUCCAGCCUGUGGCCCACAGUGGGAGAUGUCAGAUUGGUCAGAGUGUACAGCAAAGUGUGCAGAACGGAUUGCUGUGACCAGGGAAGUGAGAUGUUCAAAUGAAGAAUGGAGGUGUGAUGAAAAAACAAAGCCAACAUCUCAGAAAGAUUGUGUUGGACCCCCUUGUGAUCGCCAGUGGACAUUUUCAGAUUGGGGGCCAUGUUCAGGACUUUGUGGACAGGGAAGAAUGAUAAGGCACGUAUAUUGCAGAAAUUCAGAUGGCAGGGUAAUGCCCGAAUCACAGUGCAGCCCACAGACAAAACCCCAUGGAAUACAUCCCUGUGGAGCCAAAGAUUGCUCUCCCCAUUGGCUGGCCCAGGAUUGGGAUCGGUGUAAUACAACGUGCGGCCGAGGGACAAAAAAGAGAGUUGUUUUGUGUGUGGGAAUUGUGAAUGGAAAAGUUAACAUUUUCAAUUCUGACGAAUGCGACCCAGCUCAAAAGUUAAUUGAAGAAACAACGUGCUUCGAGCGCCCAUGUUUCAAAUGGUUCACUACUUCAUGGUCUGAGUGCACUAAAACCUGUGGUGUUGGAAUAAGAAUGCGAGAUGUGAAAUGUUAUCAGGGAAAAGAAAUUGUCCGAGGAUGUGAUCCACUCUUGAAACCUGUUGCAAAGCAAACCUGUGACCUCCAGGCCUGCCCUACGCAGCCCCCAGAUGACAGUUGUCAAGAUCAACUUGGGACUAACUGUGUGCUGGCAAUAAAAGUCAAUCUGUGCUCUCACUGGUAUUACAGUAAGGCAUGCUGCAGAUCUUGUAGAGCUGCUAAUUCAUAGUACAGACUGGCAGAAUAAUUGUAUCUCUUUAUAAGUGAACAAAAGAACAAUGUGUCUGGUGGAAUUAGUUUUACUGCAAGGAUUUAACCAUUUCUUUUGUCAGAAUACCUUACCUGAUUUUAACAAUGCAUUUAAGCUGCACCAAGCUACUCUGAGCGGCUGUCAGUUCCCUGGAUAUUCAGCGCAGUUAAUCCCCCCCCACCGGUACAUGCCACCAUAUAUAUCUACCUAUCAGUAAUAUGGUAAAGCUAGCAUACUCCACUUACAGUAUCAUAUAAUAAAUUAUUUCAGUACAAAGCCAUUCCAACUAAUGCUACUGAACAUUUUGGAACUAUGGUCACUAGUUCUCAAACUAUCAAUCAAAAUGGGCUACCACAAUGUUAUUUCCCUCUUAAUUUAAUGUGAUUCUUUAUUACAAGCUAAAUGAUAGAUUAGGUGAUGUUUAAACCUUGGUUUUACAUUCCGUAUCGCGUCUAAUACGCAACUAUUUUUCACGGUGAUUGACUCCCAUAAGGAUGGACAAGGCAUCAAGUAUCAAAGAUGCCGCAUACUAAAGUAGUAGCCUCAGUGCAUUGCCUUUGCCUCAGUCAGUCCUGCCCCUCAGCUUUAGUCUGUCUGCCCUGGUGCUACCUGUAUGUCUGCACUUGAGACCCAUUAACCCUUUGGGAUUAAUGUUAGUUCAGUGUUUAGGUUUCUGACACAUUCCUGAACCUUGUUAGAUCCUAUGUUAUCAGUGAAUUUUACCUUCAAAGCAGUACAAUAAAUAUCUGCAUUGUGUCAGCAACUGGUGAAACUGCUGAUGCUUUUCACAGUAUUCUCAGAUGUAAUAUUAUAUAACUCUCCAUCAAAAAGUAGCAUGGAUAGGAAAUGAGUUUGUUCAGCAAUCACUCUGUUUUAUGAUCAUUAAUAACCAUAUUUAGUUCCUCUUACUUUCCACAGAUAAAAUGCUCUAAACCCUACAAUUUCUCUUUAGAAAGGACUCAGUUUAACAGCCAGUGACAGUAUGUUGUGAGGUAUAAUAUAACAGUCAUAGAUUAUAACAGUAAAGAUCUUCAUCUCGUAAAAAAUAUUAAUAAAUUCAGCUACUACAUCAAAGUCAAAGAAUUUUGAUUUUUCUUGGAUAAUUACUUUACGCAAGCCAAACAUAUAUCAUGCUUAAGUAUUGAAAUUGGAAUCAUCUGAUCGACCUGAAAAUAACGACCUCCCAGUAUAUUAGUUAUACUGUAUCUGCCAGUAUUUAUGUUAAAUUUGAUACAACAUUUGACCCAGCAGCACUCAAGACACCCUCCAGACCCUUCAUUUUG